AUGUUCGCCCGCCCCGUCCUCCGCGCCACUGCCGCCGCCCGCGUCGGCCUCCGCCCCGCACUCCAAGUCCGCACCAUGUCGGCCCCGGCAGCCGCUCCCAAGGCCAGCAAGAUGAAGCAGCUCAUGGCCAACACCCCCGUCGACCUCUACCCCCUCUUCUUCUUCGUCACGACCGCGGUCGCCGGCAGCUUCUUCAUCAUGGGCUGGACCCUCUGGACCGACCCACACCUCCGCCUCAAGCCUACCAGCAUGCAGGGGGGCGACUAG